UGUCCAAGAUGAGGCUGUGGACAAAAGCAACUUUAAGAAAUGCAACCAGAUUGCUUUUUACAGGCGUCAGAAACUUCUACAUCCUGGAAAAUCCCUGUAUCGAGUUUUGUUCGAUUCAGUCACAUUAAGUGAUGAGAAUGUCAAAUUCCAAAUCAUUCAUGAGGAGAAUAAGGUUCUUCUACAAGUAGAAAUUUAUGAAAUAGAAGGCAACAUUUUCAGGCUUAAGAUUGAUGAGGCAUCUCCUCUCAAAGCAAGAUACAAAGUUCCUGAUGUUCUUAUAAAGGAACCUACCACCCAGAAACUGUUCAUAUCCCACAAGGAGGCAGGUAUUUUGGUACUGUCAAGUGUUAAUGAAGACUACAAACUUCGAGUCACAGCAAACCCCUUCCAAGUUGAGCUGCAGUCCAAGGGUGAGACUGUUAUGAGUGUGAAUUCCAAUGGUUUGUUGUAUUUUGAGCACCUACAACCACCUCCCAGUGACAGAAAACCUACAGCACAAAAUGAGGAGGCAGCAAGUGAUUCCUCUAAGGAAAGACAAGAGGAUCUAGGUCUCUGGAAAGAGAAAUUUGGCAGUUUCUUGGACAUCAAAGCUCAUGGUCCUACUUCUGUAGGCAUAGACUUCUCUUUACAUGGAUAUGACCAUGUUUAUGGAAUACCACAACACGCAGAAACACUUCUUCUCAAAAACACCAGUGAUGGUGAUGCCUACCGGCUUUAUAAUUUGGAUAUUUUCGGACACAAGAUACAUGACAAAAUAGGCAUUUAUGGUUCAGUACCCCUUCUCUUAGCACACAAGCCUAACAGAACUUCAGGGAUCUUCUGGCUGAACUCUUCAGAAACACUGGUGGAUAUUAGUACAAAGGCAGUAGCUGAGCACACUCCAUCUAGAUCUGCUGCAGAAACUGCUAAGCAGAGAGCAGUGCCUCUAACUGAUGUUCGCUGGAUGUCAGAAAGUGGGAUCAUUGAUGUUUUCCUGCUGAUGGGACCCACUGCAUUUGAUAUCUUCAAGCAGUUUGCACAACUGACAGGCACUCAAGCCUUGCCCCCACUUUUUUCUCUGGGCUACCAUCAGUGCAGGUGGAAUUAUGAGGAUGAACAAGAUGUCAAGGCAGUGGAUGCUGGCUUUGAUGCACAUGAUAUUCCUUAUGAUGUCAUAUGGCUGGAUAUAGAGCACACAGAUGGCAAGAGGUAUUUUACUUGGGACAAAAAGAAAUUCCAGAACCCCAGAAAGAUGCAAGAACAUCUCAGGAAGAAAAAACGCAAGCUUGUGGUCAUCGUAGAUCCUCAUAUUAAAAUUGAUCCCUCAUAUACCCUGUAUGCACAGGCAAAAGAAAAGGGAUACUUUGUGAAAGACAGAAAUGGGCAAGAUUUUGAGGGCAUCUGUUGGCCAGGUUCCUCUUGUUACCCAGAUUUCACCAAUCCUGAAGUGCGAAAAUGGUACGCAGAUCAAUUUGCCUUCAAAACGUACAAGGGAUCCACUAAUAUCCUCUUUGUAUGGAAUGAUAUGAACGAGCCUUCGGUCUUCAAGGGGGCAGAACUAACAAUGCAGAAAGAUGCUGUGCACUACAACAACUGGGAGCAUCGGGAAGUACACAACCUCUAUGGAUUCUACCAGCAAAUGGCAACCGCAGAAGGACUCAUCAGACGUUCUUCGGGAAAAGAGAGACCAUUUGUCCUUGCACGAUCUUUCUUUGCUGGAUCACAGAAGUAUGGGGCAGUGUGGACUGGAGACAACACAGCAGAGUGGAGUUACUUGAAAAUAUCUAUUCCAAUGCUUCUUACCAUCAACAUGGCAGGGAUUUCCUUCUGUGGAGCUGAUGUGGGAGGGUUUAUUGGAGAUCCAGAGCCAGAGUUACUUGUUCGCUGGUAUCAGGCGGGAGCCUACCAGCCCUUCUUCAGAGGUCACUCUAACAUGGAGAGCAAACGGCGUGAACCGUGGCUCUUUGGGGAGAAGAACACCCAGAUCAUCAGGAGAGCCAUUAGAGAGCGCUACGUCCUCCUGCCCUACUUAUACACUCUGUUCUAUCGGGCACACACAGCGGCUGAACCCGUCAUGAGGUCUCUCUGGAUAGAGUUUCCAGGGAAAAUGGAAACUUUUGAUGUGGAAAAUGAGUACAUGCUGGGAAAUGCUUUGUUGGUACAUCCAGUCACAGAGAAAGAGGCCAAGACAGUGACAGUUCUGUUUCCAGGGUCAGAGGAGAUUUGGUAUGAUUUCAGAAAAUUUAAGCGAAUGGAAGAUGCGGGCACAGUGAAGAUCCCAGUAACACUGGAGAAUAUUCCUGUAUUCCAGCGGGGGGGCACUGUGAUACCUCUGAAGACCUCAGCUGGAAAAUCCACUGAAUGGAUGAUAGAUAUUUCUUAUGAACUCCACGUGGCCUUAGAUGCAGAGGCCUGUGCCAUAGGUGAGCUCUACGUAGAUGAUGGGCAUUCAUUUCAAUAUCUCCACAAGAAGCAGUUCCUGUAUCGGAAAUUCACUUUCCACAAGAACAUUCUCUCUUCCAGCUGCAUAGAUGAAAGCGGACAAUACCACACUACAUGUGUAGUUGAACGGGUGAUAAUUCUGGGAUUUGGAAAGCAACCCACUUUUGUGACAGCCAGUGCCAAGGAUGGAAAAAAAAAAGAUGUGGUUUUCACAUAUGAUACGAAGACCUUCGCACUUAUGCUGGAGAACUUAGCCCUGAGUGUUGAUGCUGACUGGGAGAUCUGUAUCAGCUGAAAGAAGAUGCAACUUCUUCAGAGAAACUGUCCAUUGAGAGGCUGAGGAGAAAUAAACUGAGAGGACUUCAGAUGUUCACUUGAUUCCAGUUAAAUCAACAAACAUGUUUUCCACCAACACAUCCAAACUAACAUUUCUUACAGUUUUUCUUUUAAAGCACCAGUUGCGACUUGGAUAAAUUUUCUGUUCAGCAAAAGUAAUAGCACUAAGAUUGUAUCUUUGGGGAAAUAAGCUAAGUACUAUUUGCAUUAGACUUGUUUCAGUUAAGCAUUAAGCUUCAGUUCUGCCUUCACUUACAAUAAAUAAUUAUGAGUUGGUGGGGUGAGAUUGUGGCUUGUUGGCACAUGCCUUAAUGUAAGUAUUUGAAAAUCACACUGUUCAGAGGCUGUUGCACUUGAGGAGAUCUGGGCCAGUGCAACAAGCAGCAUCAGCAGGUGUGGCAGACACAGAGGUUAUCACCAGAGUUCUGCCUGCCAGCUGCCUUCUGAAAACAAACACAGAAGGAGCCACCCAGUGUGAUCACAGACACUUCUGCUUUCCAGUCCUUAUGGCAACGCAAAAUUAGCUGGUCUGCGCGGGAAAGUAAACAGCAGGCUGGCCAAAGAGCUCAGGCACUGCAGGUGAGGGUUAGGUAGCUUGUGCCAUUCGUUUGUGCAGUAACAGAAGACAGUAAUGUGGUGGUGCAGAAGGCUCCCUAACAGCCAGCUUUGAAACUUGGAUUUCAAAAGGGCACAGGUACUACUUAAAAAAAAAGUUUUCUGUUAGGAAAGAAUUGGCACUGAUGAUUGAAUGUCAUUGAUUAAAGGCAGCCCAGUGAAGAAGCUAUGCUUUCCCAGAUCUUCCAAGUCCUGCCAAGUUUUGGCUUCCUUUAGAAAAGUUUUAGUCAUGUCAGUUUUUAUUAUCUGGCUGAGAUUUGAGCUAGGCAUUUAUGAAGCAGAAUUUAAUUUUAAUGGGAUUAAUUCUGUGUGCAGGCAUCCCACUUUCUCUUAAAACUCAGCCUAAUGUUCCCUUGCCUUUUUUUUCCCACUAUCUCUGCAAACAGAACCGGUAUGUUUUGAUGCUUGCUUUGCUUGCAGAGACAUCCUGAGUCUCACAUCCAUCACAUCCUGCCUGUUCCCUCAGGCUUUUCCAUCUUAGCACCUCUUUUCACAGGCUGCCAUUGCUCCACAGAGUUUGUUUACCCUUCUAUUUGCUAAACUUGUCAGCUAUAUUAUUUUCAAACCAGUUCUGUUUUGAGUCCAGUCUGAACAUGCCAUUAGUUGGGUUUCUGGUUUUUCUGGAUUUCUAGUUAAUUUAAUUUCUUUUCGUUAGAUAAGGAAGUAGUUUCUAAAGACAUCAGUAAAUUAACUCAUAGGAAACAGAGAAGGAUGGUCACCAUUUUUGCCAGCUAAAGGUAACAUAACAUUACUAAUCCCCCCUGUCAUUCCCACCUGCUGCUGUUUGUCCUCUGUAGGGCAGAUUGCUGGGAACAGCAAGCAUGAGAGCAAACUGUGAGUGCUCUUGACUACUCAAGUGUAGUUUGUUCCCACCAGACCCUUAGCUCCCUUCUUUUAUAUUCUGCAGAGCUAUUUGUCAGCACCUUCCAGGAGACAGUGUGAGCCUCCACUCCAGGAACUGGCAGUGUGAAUACUGUUGUGCUUAAUGCAAAUGUGCUAAUCUGGGUAGAACAGCAGCAAACAGAUCUUUUGCAUCUGUGAAAAGAGAGACAGACCCUAUUUUUCUAUCAACUUCUAAGCUUUGAUUGAUGAUUUCUUACUGUGUUUAAGUAUAGCAGUGCUUCUGACAAGAUACAGUUAUUGUCUUGGGUAAUUUAAUAAAAUAUUUUAACUGCUAUUUCUCAAAUUGGAAAGUGAAAUAAAGUGAAAUGAAGCAAGUUA